GUAAUUAUAAGUUCUGCUCAACAUGGAAUAUAUUUUUAAGAAGGAACGUCGCACCUUUGGAGCACGCGUGCACUUUGAGGAUAAGGAUGAAGUGGUGUUUAGUGAAAACUCCAAUCCCGAGCUGGUCAAGAAUUACAUACUCAAGAAUCCUGUGGACCGUGUUACACAAUACGCUGGGCAAACUUCGCUGAGCGUGGCCAACACGGAGCGCGCUACCUACAAGAGCACAGGCAUAACCCACAAUGAGGGCGGCUGGCCAAAGGAUAUCAAUAUGCAGGAUCCGGAGCAAACGGUGCGCUAUAAGCGUAAGAUUGAAAAGGAUGAGAAUUACAUAACGCAGGUUAUGAAUCUAACCAAACCCAUGGAGCAUUAUCUGAAUCAGAAUAAUGCUGUUAAUAUUUAUGAGAACUAUUUCGAGAACAUGGAUCCAGCUCCGUUGCCAGAGCCUUGCAAGUCGCGCACAGUGAAUGUCUACCGUGAUCCGAAUCCGAUUAAGGUGCCAGUGAAGCAUCUGUCCUGGUCGCCAGAUGGCGGCAUUAAAAUGGCUGUUAGCCAUUGUGAUAUGAAAUUUCAGGGUGAUAAGACGGGACAACGUUGCAAUUCUUAUAUUUGGGAGGUGGAGAAUCCCAAUGAGCCGUUUCUUACGCUCGAGCCCAAGGUGCCUUGUGUCUGCUUGGAGUACAAUCAGAAGGAUCCUACUAGCUUGGUCAGCGGCAUGUACAAUGGUACAGUCGCUGCUUGGGAUACACGUUAUGGCAAGCAUCCGGUUGUGAUUAGCGAACGUGAGGUCUGUCAUCGGGAUCCAGUCAACUCAGUGCUUUGGAACAACUCAAAGAGCGGCACAGAGUUUUUCUCUGGCGGCUCUGAUGGGCAAGUGCUCUGGUGGGAUACGCGCAAGUUAACCGAGCCGCUGGAUCGCUUGCUAAUGGAUCCAAUAAAAAGCGAUGAGCAGAAUCUAUCGCGUUCUUAUGGCAUCUCUGUGCUGGAGUAUGAGACGACCAUACCAACCAGAUUUAUGGCUGGCACUGAAAUGGGCAUGCUCUUCUCCUGCAAUCGCAAGGGCAAGACGCCAACGGAGAAAAUACAGAUUAGGAUGAUUUGUCACUUAGGUCCUGUUUAUGCCAUUACACGUAAUCCGGCGUUUGUCAAGAACUUUCUUACUGUGGGUGACUGGUGUGCCCGCAUCUGGUCAGAGGAUUGCCGUGAAAGCUCUAUUAUUUGGACCAAGAGCAGCUCCUCCAUGCUCACAGAUGGCGCCUGGAGUUAUACCAAAGUUUCCCAAUUCUUUAUUACACGCAUGGAUGGCGUCCUGGAUACUUGGGAUCUGCUGCAGCAGCAAAACGAGCCUGUACUAACGGUGAAAGUUUGUGAUGAGCCGCUGUAUUGUGUGCGCACCAAUGAAAAUGGAAAGUUCGUUAGCUGCGGCAGCAAAUUGGGCGCCACCUUUCUUAUCGAAGUAUCCGACAAUAUGGUCAUGUCAGCCAAGAAUGAUAAGCCGCUGCUAACUGCGAUGUUUGAGCGGGAGAAUCGUCGCGAGAAAAUAUUGGAAGCCAAGUCGCGCGAAAGCAAGCUGAAAAUUAAGGCUCAUGGUCAGGAGCAGGCGGAUCUGACCAUGUUGAAUGGCAAAGUUAACAUGGCUCCCUUUGCCAGCGCCUGUGAGCAAGCGGCCAGUGAAUACUUUGCAGCUGUGGAGCAGGAACGUCAGCGACGUCUGCCUGGAGGCAAGCAGGAUGCGGAGGAAGCUGAUGUGUCGGAGGCAGAAAGCUCAAAAUUAUAGAAUCAUAUAAUGCUAUAGCUCUAGUUUAGUUGUGUAAU